GUCAGUUGUUCAUGCUUAUUAGGAAGAGAGGGGAGCUGUCACGCUGACUCUGUUCCGAGGGAUGUAGCAGCUCUCCGGUGACGAGGUCUCCGUGCCAAGCGCUUUCCGCUUCUCCGGCUGGUUUUUUACUAUUGGACCCUCUCCCGUUUCGACGAUGGAGACCAGCCCGAUCCCGGUGGUGACGGUCCAAACUACCCCCUUCGAUGACCAGCGGCCCGGUACCAACGGACUCCGGAGGAAGACGACCGUGUUCGAGGGCAAGAAGAACUACCUCCAGAACUACAUCCAGAGCGUCCUGUCCUCUAUUGACCUCCGGGACAGGCAGGGCUGCACCAUGGUGGUGGGCAGCGACGGACGCUACCUGAGCCGGGCGGCUAUCGAGGUGAUCGUCCAGAUGGCGGCCGCCAACGGGAUCGGUCGCCUGGUAAUCGGCCACAAUGGCCUCCUGUCCACCCCUGCUGUCUCCUGCAUCAUCAGGAAGAUCAAAGCCAUCGGUGGGAUCAUCCUCACGGCCAGUCACAACCCCGGAGGUCCCGGAGGAGACUUUGGCAUCAAAUUUAACGUGGCUAACGGAGGCCCAUCUCCAGACACGGUGAUGGAAAGGAUCCAUCAGGUGAGCCGCACACUCGAAGAGUACGCCAUCUGCCCUGACCUCCGCAUCGAUCUGUCCAGACUGGGACGCCAAGACUUUGACCUGGAGAAUAAGUUCAAACCUUUUCGGGUGGAGAUUGUGGAUUCUGUGGAGGUGUACCUCCAACUCCUAAGAAACAUCUUUGACUUCAGCGCCAUCAAAAGUCUUCUGACCGGACCAGGGCAGCUGAAGAUAUGCAUCGACGCUAUGAAUGGAGUGAUGGGCCCUUAUGUCCGUAGAAUCCUAUGCGAUGAGCUUGGGGCCCCCGCUAACUCCGCCGUCAACUGCGUUCCUAUGGAGGACUUCGGGGGCCGGCCCCCCGAGCCGAACUUGACGUAUGCCUCUUCGUUGGUGGAUGGCAUGAAAGGAGGCGACUUUGGCUUGGGCGCUGCCUUUGACGCAGAUGGGGACCGCUACAUGAUCCUGGGAGAGAAUGCCUUCUUCGUGAACCCGUCGGACUCGGUCGCCAUCAUGGCCGCCAACCUCUCCUCUGUGCCCUAUUUCCACCAGCUGGGAGUUAAGGGCUUCGCCAGGAGUAUGGCCACCAGCGCUGCCCUCGACAGGGUAGCCAAACUCAUGAAACUGGCACUGUACGAGACUCCUACCGGUUGGAGGUACUUUGGAAACCUGAUGGACUCGGGCCGUUGUUCCCUCUGUGGCGAGGAAAGUUUCGGGACAGGUUCGGACCACAUUCGUGAAAAAGAUGGUUUAUGGUCAGUGUUGAUGUGGCUGUCUAUCAUGGCCGCUAAAAAACAGAGCGUGGAGCAGAUAGUCCGAGAGCACUGGGCCAAGUUUGGACGCAACUACUUCUGCAGGUUUGACUAUGAAGGCCUCGAUCCCCGUGCCGCUUUCUACCUGAUGAGGGAUCUGGAGUCGGUCAUCUUGGACAAAGCGUUCAGCAGCCAGAAGUUUGCUGUUGGCGAUCACAUGUACAAUGUGGAGCGGGCCGAUAAUUUUGAGUACAUCGACCCGGUGGAUGGAACGGUAGCAAGAAACCAGGGUUUGAGAAUUGUCUUCAGUGACGCAUCCCGUCUGGUGUUUCGGAUGAGCGGAAGCGGUGGUGGCAUGGGCGCCAUUAUCCGCAUUUAUGCAGAGAGCUUUGAGAGAGACCCUGAGAGACAUAGCAGAGAGACGCAGGUGGUGCUGGGUCCUCUCAUUGCCAUCGCGCUCAAGAUCUCCAACAUCCACGAGAGGACGGGACGUCGCGGUCCAAAUGUGAUCACAUGAGUGUAAAGGAAAUGAAAAAAAAAACAAAAAAAACCACAUUUUAAUGCAGUCAGAAAGUGCAUAGAAAACAGCCUUCCAGGAAUGCCUAUACAGUUUAAAAAUAGACUGUUCUCCCUAAAAGCGACCAUCAAAUAACAACUGCAACAGGGAGUUUUUGAAUUAUGGAUGAAAAAUGUCUAAUGAAUGCGCAUGUGCAUUUAUUUGUCUUUUACAGAGUUGGUUUGGCAACUAUCGGGAAUUAUUUACCCAACUUCAUGCGGAGACACUUUUUCCCCUAAUGUUGUUUGUAUGCACCACUAUAAAACACUUGAAUGUAAAAUUGAGCAGGCGAUGCAUCACAGCUAAUAAAGCCUUGUGAAAUAAG